AUGGAGGCCGGCUACGGCUUGACGACGUUCAGCCCGAGCGGCAAGCUCCCCCAGCUGACGAGCGCGAUGACGGCGACGAACGAGGGCAAGACGUCGCUGGGCAUCAAGGCGAAGAACGGCGUCGUGCUCUGCACGGACAAGAAGCUGAGCUCGAAGCUCAUCGAGUCCGCCGACGUGCACAAGCUCGAGAAGAUCACGCCGAGCUGCGGCUUCGUGUACAGCGGCGUCGGCCCGGACUACCGCGUCCUGGUGAAGAAGGCGCGGAAGCAGGCGCAGGCCUACUACCUCACGUACCGGGGCCUCAAGCCCAUCCGGGCGCUCGUCCAGGACACGGCGGCGGUGUGCCAGGAGUACACGCAGUCCGGCGGCGUCCGGCCCUUUGGCGUGAGCCUGCUCGUCGCGGGCUUCGACGACGAGGGCCCGCAGCUCUUCCAGGUCGACCCCUCCGGCGCCUUCUUCGGCUGGCAGGCGUCGGCCAUCGGCAAGAACUCCAAGAACGCCAAGUCCUUCCUCGAGAAGCGCUACAACGAGGACGUCGAGCUCGACGACGCGAUCCACACCGCGCUCCUCACGAUGCGCGAGGGCUUCGAGGGCGAGAUGAACGAGCACAACAUCGAGCUCGGCGUCAUCGGCGAGGACCGCGUCUUCAAGGUCCUCACGCCCGCCGAGGUCAAGGACUACCUCGACGAGUCCAACUAG